AAUACAGAGUAAGAAAGCAAAAGAGGAACUGUUGGCCAAAAGAGUGGAGCUGAAAUCAGACAGGAAGGCAAGAGCAAUGGCUUCACGAACCAAGGACAAUUUCAGAGGUUACAACGGUAUCCCUGUCAUAGACCAGCCCAAAAAGAGGAGCUCGAAGGGGGAUACAACGGAAGAGCAGCAAAGCUUGAACUCGUAUGAUGAUGAUGAUGGUGAUUACUACUGUGAGGGAACAGAUUCUGAAUCUGAAGAACAAAUCAUGCCUGUCAAGCCUCAGUUUCGGGCUGAGUCUUCCAACAAAGUUGACAGCAAACCGAAAAAAAACAGUGCUCCAGUAAGGCCCCCACCAGCAUCAAUGAACUUUGCAGACCUACUAAAACUUGCGGAAAAGAAGCAGUUUGAACCUGUUGAAGUGAAGGUAGUGAAGAAGACCGAAGAGAGGCUUAGAACAGCAGAGGAGAUUCGGGAAAUCGAAAUGGAGCGCAGAGUUAAGAAUCAGGAUAGAGGAAAGGACGCCAAACCAGACAAGAUUUCAAGACACAAAUCCAGCUCAAAUUCACAAAAGAAAAGUGGAGACCGAGAUGGCAAAAAUGAGAAAUUGCACAAGCCAUCAGGAGAAAAGUACCAGUCAAGUAGUACCAGCAAAAAGCCAAAGCUUCAAGCAUUCAGUGAAAGAACUCCAAUUUCUGCCAAACUGCAUGGAGACAGAAAUUCAGGCUCCUCAGGUUCCUUAAAUGGUAAAGCUGCCAUGAAGAAUGGUGCAUCGUUUCAAUCGAAACGAGCACCAUCCAGACCCUCACAAGGCCAAAAGCCCACAACCUCAAGUGACCUUAUCCCAAAGAAGGGGAAUAUCUCAGUACCUCAGGGGAAAUCAAGUAUUUCAGGAAGUCGCACUGGAGUUGCUCCUGGUGCAACUAAACCAGGUCAAGAACCACACAAAAACUCUGGGCAAGGUAGACCUAGUAACUUCGACAGGGGUGGGCAACCUCCGAAACAAGCAAAACCAGGACAUUCAUCACGGCCUGAGGGCAACGGACUUGUACGACCUUCUUCUGGUGACCCCUCAAAGCAACCAAGACCAGGUGGUAGUUUGCAAGCUCGGCUGGUUCCUGGAAGCUCCAAGGCCUCUAUAAAUGGACCAAGCAGGAUGGGAGGUGGUAUUUCUGGGAGACCGUUAAAUGGCAUGGGCUCUGGCCCUGGAAGACCUCAGUGCACUGUUAUUUCAGAGACUAUUUCAUCAAAGAACUUUGCACCAAAACCUGGGAUGGUUCCAAGACCUCUGGGCCCUCAAGGCCCCAAGACAGUGGUUGGACCCUCAGGCCACAGAAUCCUGGUUAGACCUCCUGGUAAGGGUUGUGGACCAGCGUUGCCCCCCAUAACAUCCAAUUAUAAACGGAAGUAUGAGGAUGAGGAAGAUUUCGACUCUGAGAUGGACGACUUCAUCGACGAUGAAGGACAAGACCAAGAUGAAAUUUCAAAACAUAUCAGGGAAAUCUUUGGCUAUGACAAGUCCAAAUAUAAAGAUGAAAGUGACUAUGCAUUGAAGUUUAUGGAGAGCAGCUGGAAGGAACAGCAGAAAGAGGAAGCGAGGAGUUUACGCCUGGGCAUCAAGGAGGAUGAAGAGGACAUGCGUAUGGAGGAGGAGGAGGAGAUGAAAAAAAAACUAGCAAUGAAAGCAAAGCGGAAAAAGAUUUAGUUUAGCAUGCUUGGCUUUGAUCUCGUCUUAUUUUGUUUGGGAGGAACCGAGUGGAAUGGAAAUGCUUUCCUAGUGCCGCUGAUGUUGUUACACUAUUUAUUUGAAUGCCCAAGCCAUGGGAGCAGGUUUGCACUAUCAAGAGCCCAUCUAAGAAUCACAAUAGCAUUUUUUUGUAUCCGUAGAAACCAUGAAAGUAUAUCGAUGUGGAAGCCUUACAUCUCAAGCACCAACUUCCAGAUUGGACCUGAUUUAGGGAGAGUUAUUUUAUUACUUGUACUAUUUAAUUGGUGAAAAAAGACAGAAGACUGCCAUUUUUCCAAUGUAUUUUUUUGUUAAAGGGAUUUGACAGAUUCUGUUGUCCUGUCAUUUG